GUCCUUGAAGCAUCGUCACCACCACCACCACCGACGACAACAACAACAACAACAACAACAAAGUCCUGGGUUCGAUUCCCAGGCACUACAAUCGUCUCCGUCAUCCUCCGUGGUGGCACUAAGGGUCCAUUCAAGAAGGUGUUCUGGCCUCACGGAUGACGCCAAACAGUACGCCAAACUAAAGGCGGACCCAAUAAGAUAUGCGACCACAUCCCGAGAUCCGACCACAUCAUCAGCCGACCCCUUUUCCUUCUUUCUGGACGGGGAGGCACAAACAGCCCCCUCGUCCUAGGGGUCGGCUGAUGACAUCGACAAAAUCUGGUGUGCGCGGUUUGGCGUUGAUUGCACGGAAAGCAAAGAACAGUGAAUGCCCAUUCGUGCUGCCUGGGGAUCGAUACAGAUCAUCUUCGAAGCUCUGUAAGAUGAACGGCGUCGGGUCUUUUGUUGGAGUGUUUGUAUCUUCUGUUGGAGUGUUUGUAUCUUCUGUUGGAGUGUUUGUAUCUUCUGUUGGAGUUUUGUAUCUUCUGUUGGAGUUUUGUAUCUUCUGUUGGGGUGCCUGUAUUUUCUGUGCCUGCACGGGUUGGGAGGUGCUGAUGAUGUAAUGUGGAGCUGAUAUUUGUAGAAGUAGAAGUACAUUGAUACAUAUGCCUUGUCAGUCCAAGCAUGAUGUACUCCCUGCCUCUGCCUAUACCUCCAUGCGUUGGAG